AUGGCUCGAGCUCUCUUGAGUCGGUGUUCCGACUCAAUCUUUCCCUCCUCCCUCCUGUGCGCCAGCAUGCUGCGAGUUUUCAAGGCUUCCGGCGAGGAGGUGCUGGCAACUGAGCUUGCAGAGUUCACCAAGAUGAUCCGUAGGGAUGGGCAGCAUGUCCGACCUGUCCGGGGGCAGCCCGUCCGGGGAUUCCACCUCAAGCGCCACCUGCAAGAACUCUGUGGGCUGGCACGGUUCAGACAGCGGCUACUAGAGCCAAACGGCAGCAUCCUCUCGGACGAUGCCACUCUGCACGGACCCGUCGAUUUGCAGCUGAUCCUCCUGCCCUUCACCCCGAGUUCCCAAGAGCAAGUGCAAGAGCUCUGCCAAGCUGCGCGGCGCAACGACACGCAAACCUUGGCGCGGCUCCUGCAAAGGCCCCAGGACCCCAACCUCUUGUGGAAGCGCAGCGCUCCUCUGUACAGCGCCGCGAACUGCAACUCUCUGGAUGCCGCUCGCCUGCUGCUGGAGGCGAAGGCGGACAAGGAGUGGGUCAGCCAUCGUGGCAUCACUCCCUUGCAGGUUGCAUCUCUAUGCGGCCACAUUGAAGUCGUCGGCUUGCUCUUGGAAGCCAAAGCUGAGAAGGACAGGGCGGACCUGGAAGGCCGAACCCCCAUGCUACUGGCAGCUCGCUCGGACCACGGAGAAGUCGUCCGCCUGCUCUUGGAGGCGAAGGCUGACAAGGACAAGGCGAGCAGCUUAGGCGCAACCCCGAUGUCCGUGGCCAUCGCGAGAGGAUCCCAGGAAGUUCUCCGGGUCCUUCUGGAUGGCAACGAGGAAGCUCUCCAAGUCCUCCUGGAUGGCGCGGGCCGGCCUUUGAAGAAGCGUAGAACCGCGUGA